AUCUUGAUAGUUAGCAUCGUGAUUAAUUACUUUGUUUUUUGCUUAUUAAUAUUGUUUAAAGUGUAAUAUCGAUAGCUUAUUAUACAGUAAACUAAUGUGGUAGUGUGCAGUGAAUGGAGAAUUAAUUUUGAAGCGCGUUUAACCACCAUCUUGGAGUCAACGGCCGGUAGUCCACGUGCUUCUUGUAAAGACUAGCUAUCGAUUUACAAGAGCUAACAAAUCACCGUACACUGUCUUGUACAACCGUACAAUUUUUGUCGUUUUUAAACCUCUUAAUACCUUGAUACUGGCGAAAUAGUCCCACUGGGCUGAAGCCAUAAUUUUAAAAGAAGAAGAAGAAGAAGAAAAUUCUCUUAUUUCUCUUUGUUUAAUCUGAUUUUGGAAAUUGGAGGAAUUUCACCAAGAAGAUUGUCGCGUAGCAUAUAGAGGAUUUGUUUAAAACGUAGUGGUUAUAUUGUCUUUGGAUUUGGUUACUCAAACGAAUAUAAUUAUCGAAUCGAAGUGUUUUUAGUUGACGAUGGAGUCGUCAGCGUUACCGAGCGGAGAGUAUCUUUCCGUGAAGGCUGAGCCAUGUGAAGAUGUGUGUAUAACAGACAAACCCUCGUUCGAGGAAUUGUUUGUUAAAGAUGAACCUUUGCUGGAUGACGUGUGUAUCAAAGACGAGUCCAAGUGCGAGGAUGUGUGUGUAAAAGACGAGUCGCUCGGCGUGAGCGCGGCGGCGGAGCUGUACACCGGCCACGUGGUGAAAGAUGAGCUCGUGCUCGGCCCCGUGCUAGUGGAGCGGCGCGUGCGCCACGCAACAACAGGACUCACUCCACAGAUGACACGAACAAGACUCGAAACUUAUCAAUGUGCCCACUGUAAAUAUGCAACAGUUAGAAAACUAAGUUUAAUUAGUCAUUUGAUGAAACAUACCAGUGUAAAGCCAUACAAAUGUUACCAGUGUGCUUUUUCUUGCAGCUACAAGAGUCUUAUGCAAGUUCAUGUAAGGAUACACACUGGUGAAAAGCCUUACACAUGUGAUCAGUGUAGUUAUGCUAGUGCCUGCCAAACUGAUUUACGACUUCAUGUAGAUACUCAUACUAAUAAGAAACGUUACCAGUGUAACCAGUGUAAUUAUGCUGGCAAUCGAUUAAAUCUUUUUAAACUUCAUGUAAAGAAACACACUGGUGAAAUGCCUUACAAAUGUGACCAGUGUACUUAUGCUAGUGCCCGCAAACGUUUUUUAGAAAAACAUAAAAUGGUACACAAUAGUACAAAACCUUAUAAUUGUAAUCACUGUAGUUAUUCAACCAUCAUAAUGUCUGAUUUGAAUGUUCAUGUUAGGAUACACACUGGUGAAAAGCCCUACAAAUGUGACCAGUGUAGUUAUGCUACUGGCAAAAAAAGUAUUUUAAAAAUUCAUAAUAUGAUACACACUAAUACAAAACCUUAUAAAUGUCACCAUUGUAGUUAUGCUACCAAUCGAACCCAUCAGUUAAAACUUCAUAUAAGAACACACACUGGCGAAAAGCCACACACUGGUGAAAGGCGCUACAAAUGUGACCAGUGCAAUUAUGCUACUUUCAAAAAAAGUAAUUUAAAAACUCAUAUAAGAACACACACUGGCGAAAAGCCUUACAAAUGUGACCAGUGUAGUUAUGCUACCAACCGAACAUAUCAUUUAAAAACUCAUAUAAGGACACACACUGGCGAAAAGCCUUACAAAUGUGACCAGUGUAGUUACGCUAGUUCGUACAAAAAAGGUUUACUAAUUCAUAAAAGCACACACACGAAUGCUGCUUUAUACAAAGAUAAUUCGCGAGUUCAUGUUAGCAAACAUGCAUAUGAGAAACCUUACAAGUGUGACCACUGUAGUUAUACUUGCAAUCUGAAAUGUUUUAUGAAAGAUCAUGUAAAGACGCACACUAGUGAAAAAUCUUACAAAUGUGACCAAUGCAGUUUUGUUUUUCAGUACAAAACAUCUUUACUAAUCCAUAAAAGCAAGCACACUAAUGGGUAAAGUUACGCUUACGCUUAUAAUGUUAUUGUAUAAUUUUUAAAUAUA